GUUUUCUACGAGUUUCUUCUUACUCUCGACCUGGAAAUCCGUCUAGUAUGGCAUCGCAGGCUUAGAGGCGCAACUCUUAUCUUCUUCUUGAACCGCUACAUCACCUUGGCGAAAUAUUUGUUCACCAUGCUGAGUGAACAUGCCCCUACACAGACGGUGAGCAUCUCCUGUGCGCGACUCUGGAAGAUUACCAACUUCCUGGUCAUCCUGGCUUAUAUGGUUUGGGCGGCCUUCUCAACGAUGCGGGUUUUCGUCCUCUCGCAAUCCAAAAUAUACCUGCCUGUCGUAGUUCUCACGAUAUUUUUGUUCCCAGUGGCAACAGAGACGGUGGGACUAUCAUUCAAGGGUCUUCUGCCGCUGCCUGUGCACAUACUGACCUUCUUUGUCGUAGUAUCUGUUGUUCACGCAAGUCUCGCCACGGCUGCAACGAGGGCCGGUGCUAUGCAUGCUCUUCAACGAAUUAUCCUGGCGUCUGAAUCUGAUGUGAGCCAUCGUCGUUCAAUCACAGAUACCUAA